CAGGCGACCAUCGCGCGAGGCAGCGCUCCUGUCGUCGGACGCUGUCGCUGACGGUGAAGGCGCUAUAGCCCUUGGCCUCGACGAUGCGCUUCAAUUGCUGGAUCGUGCGAGACCGCUUCCAGUCCCCGAUGAUUUCGACGUCGCCCUGCCCGCACAUGUCCACAUCUUUGUAUUUCGUCCAGGUCCCGCCCUCCUCCGUCACGAAGCCCGGCGGGUCGUCUUCCCAAGGGUCCCUCCUGGGGCCACGAAGGUGCGCAGCCCAUCGUAUUCGUCGCAGGCUUGUGCGAGGAACGCUCCUGCUGCGGAUCUGCAACAUCCAUGCACCUUGCACUGCUCGCCGAUUCGGAACCAAUUGCAGCCUUCUCAUUCGAUGGCGUCGGGCUGCCCCAUGGAUCUGCUGCGCAUCGCCGCGCUGCUCGGCGCCGCCGCCGCCGCGUCGCCCUGGAACUUCGGCCAGGGCUCGAGCAACGCGGCGACGCGCGCGGCCCUGGAAAGCUUCCAGAGCGACGGCUUCGGCAUGUUCAUCCACAACGGCCCAGUGACACAAUGGGGCACGGACAUCGGCUGGCCGCUGGUCUGCACGACCCUGCCCUGCACGGUGCCCGGUCCCAAGAACGUCCCGCGCAACCUCACGACGACGGACGAGCUCGCGGCGCACCGCCGGGAGUACUUCGACCUCGCGAAGACCUGGGACCCGAAGGACUUCAACGCGACGGCGCUCGCGACGCGCGCCAAGGACGCGGGCAUGAAGUACGUCGUCUACACGACGGUGCACUGCGACGGCUUCGCCAACUGGCCCUCCAAGGUCGCGACCUACAACGUCGAGACGACGCCGUUCGCGCGCGACUUCUUCGGCGAGCUCGCGGCGGCUUUGCGCGCCGCGGGCCUCAAGGUCGGCGCCUACCUCUGCACGACGCAGUGGGGGCCCGAGGACGUCGACUUCGUCUAUCCCGAUCCCCUCGCGACGCCGAACGCGAACGGCGGGGAAAUGCCGACCUACGACGUCGCCGAGCACCCGGAGCGCUGGCGGCGCCACGUCGACCGGCUCCACGGCCUCGUCGCGGAGCUCGCGAAGAACUACGCUCCGGACAUCUUCUGGUUCGACUGCCACAACGCGCCGCCCUGGGACACGCGCCUCGACGCCGUCGCGCCGGCGAUCCGCGCCGCGAACCCGCGCGCGCUCGUGCUGUCGCGAAACGGCGUCUUCAGCGACUAUCUGGAACUGCCGGACCAGAGCGAGGCAUUGGUGCUCCAGGGCGUCCUGGACUACCAGUCCUUCUCCGGCGCGCCCUUCGAGGUCGCGUCGGUGCUGCAGGCGUCGAAGCAGUGGGCCUACGAUCCCGCCUCGGCGCAGAAGCCCGCGAACCUCGUCAUCGCGAACCUCAUGCUCAUCCGCGCCAAGGGCGGCAACUACCUCCUCGACGUGUCCCCGACGCCCGCGGGCCCCCUCGCGGCGUCGGCCGACGGUGCGCUCGCGGAGCUCGCGGCGUGGAUGGCCGUCAACGGCGAGGCGCUCCACGGGGCCGCGCCCGCCUACCCCUACAGCGACGGCGCGAGCGCCUUCUACACGAGCAAGGCCGCCGGCGACGGCCUCGCGCUCUACGUCAUGGUCCCGACGACGAAGCCCGCGGGCGAACUGCCGCUGCCGGCGCCGGCCGCGCCGUCCGGGAACGUCACGGUCGUCGCCGCGCGGCCGACGCUCACGUCCAUGGCGCUCGCCAAGGCCGAGCUCCUCGGCUUCGGCGAGGUUUCUGCCAUCGCCGCGGACGCGGGCCUCGUGCUCCCCAUCCCCGCCGAAAUCGCGAACCUCGCCUUCGCGAAGAACGGCCUCGUCUUCAAGCUCCACUACGCGGCGGCUUAAGGUCGAACCUCUCCC